CAAAAAUGGUUUCUCUUUCUCAUAUAAAUGUCGCAGAACUUUUACAAUAAUUGUCAGGAAGACUUCUGGAUACACUGUGGUGAAAACCUUGGGAGCAUGCCAGGGUUAACCCCGAGCAAAUACCUUAAAACUCUGUAUUACAUUUUACCCCGUGUUACUUUAUGCCCUGCACUCCCCAUCUACUGCUACUGUAAUAAAUGAACACAAACUGUUAUAUAAUUUCUCAUUAUUAACACUAACAUGAAAUCUGCUUUUUCUUCCCUCUCAGGCUGAUCUGGUCAUUUCAGAUUAGAGAAAUCCACAGACAUAUUGUAAAAGCAGAUGGACAUGUCUGAUCAUGACAAUGUGGGAUCUGUGGAGCCUCAUGGAGUGUCUAAAAUCACCAUCUCUGCUCAGAAUGGAAGCAGUGUUUCAGCACCUGUGAUUUUAAACUCAACAGUCACAGGAAAUAUUAGUAUUUCUAAUAAUUUCUUUCCUGAACCUGCAGCUGAAGUCACAGAUACAAGCACAUUAAUCACUGAUUACAAAAAGUCCCUGCAGUCCGAGUAUGCCUACAUUACAGAAUACACCUCUCGUGCUGGUGAAGAGGUGCUGCUCAGUGACCGUUACAUCGACCCACUGAUUGUUCAGAAACACAGGGAGAAGACAGAGCGCGAGAAUGAGAUGCGCUCCAGAGGGGAACGUUUCUUCAACACCAGAGAAACCUAUCAGGGAAACCAAAACAUCAGCCUCGAUCAGCUGUUCGGCCCAGAGAACAGCUCCAAAAGAGUGACUCCAAGAGCUGUGAUCCUUCAAGGUGAUUCUGGAAGUGGGAAAUCAAUCACUGCGCAAAAGAUCGUUCUGGAUUGGGCUUCUGGAGAGCUUUACGCUGGACUUUUUGACGUGGUGUUUCAUGUUAGAUGCAAGCAACUCAGUGGGAUCUCAGGUGACAUGUUGAGCUUGCUGGAUCUCCUGGAUUGCAGUUUAACUUCAAAUGAAAUUGAUCAGAUAUUAAAAGACAAAGCUGCUGAUAGGGUCUUGUUUAUCAUUGAUGGUUUUGAUGAACUCAUGCUUUUAGCAUCCAAUGAGCCUUUACCACCAAAACCAAACAUAAAGUCCCAUCCGUUGGCAAUUGUUCACUCUCUUCUGAAAGGACGAUUGAUGAGAGACUCGUUUCUGCUGGUCACCACAAGAUCCACAGCUGUAGACAAACUGGAGAUCAUCCUGAAAAAGCCUCAGUGCUUCAUGGAGAUCAUGGGAUUUUCCGAGAAGGGAGUGUGUGAAUAUUUUAGAAAGUUCUUUGAGGAUGAAGAGUUUUCCACUCAGGUGUACGAUCAGGUGAAGAUGCACGAGAUGCUCUUCACUGCCUGCUUCAUUCCAGUCAUCUGCUGGAUUAUCUGCACAAUCUUUAAGAGGAAAGGAAAGGAUGGUGUGGUAACUAGCGAGCUGACUACAACUACAUCGAUAUUUGUUAAUUUUGUGCUCACGCUCUUAAAGCAUCAUAGCGAUUUGAGUCAAGAAGAGGAGCUCGACCUUAUCAAGAACUUGGGUCAGCUUGCAGAGAGCGCAACACCAAAACGACAAAUCCUGUUUUCCAGAAACGAUCUCCCUAAAGCAAUCUCACAUCUGCCAAACAUUCCUUUCCUGUGCACAUUUCGCCAUCAGGAGAGAACUAAUCUGAAGGAGAUGUUCGGGUUCAUGCACCUCAGCUUUCAGGAGUUCUUCAGCGCUCUGUUCUACAUGCUAACAGAUAAGGAGGAAGCCAAAAUAAAAGUGAAGGAACUCCUGGAGUCAGCAGGCAACGGCAGGCACAGUGAGCAUCUAUUACCAAUCAUUCGCUUCCUUUUUGGUCUUUCGAACAGGAAAGUGAGCCGAUUAAUCCAUCAUCCAAAGUCGACGUCUACCACAAUUCGUGCAACGCUAACAAAAUGGAUCAGCAAGGUUUUAGUGAAGAACAUCAUGGAUACACGCUACAUGAGUGAUUUCAUUCUUCAUUGCCUGUACGAGCUCCAUGAUAGCGACACACUGAAAGAAGUAAUGAAGCUGUGGGAGCGUUCGGGCAUUGACAUACACUGGUCUUUGAGAGCGAUCGACUGCCAGGUUGUGAUGUACUGUCUUCAGGACACUUCACGGAUUGUCAGCAUGGAAGUGAAGUGCAAAGCAAAAGAUCUGAAGGUGCUUCAUCCUGCACUUUACAAGUGUGCUAAUUUAUGGUUGAGGGUUGAUUCCAUGUCAAACUCUGAUGUUGAUUUCCUGACAUCAGCCCUGAAGAAGAAAAAGGAUGUGGGCUAUUUGACAAUGGAGGAUGGAGACCUUUCAGAUGAAAGCCUGCUGAAGAUCCUGAAAACCCUCAGUGGACAAACAUCAGUGGGUAACAUUCGACUGGCACUGAGGAGCAUCAGCGAAAGCAAUGUUGAUUUAACCAUGAACUUCCUCAUUAAGGAAAUGAUGGGUAGAAGUUUCAGUGUGUGCAUUGGCAGUCAAGUAGAAAACACCGAGACGAGUUUAUGUUCAGAGUUCACGAUCGCACAUUCAAAAAAAUCCUUCUGGUUCACUAUCGGGCAUUCAGAAGGACAUCCGAGUGAAAAGCAUGGUUGUUAUCAGGGUUUUUCAAAAAUAUCCUUCGCUCUCUGUCCUUUAUCUGAAAUACCCAUGAACAAUUUUCUGAAGACAUCCAAUAACCUCAGAUGCUUCUCGGAUGUGAAUAACACUGAGUUUGGUGUGAAUGUGGACUCUCUGGUGUCUUUCCUGAGUUGUGUUCCUGGUUUAACUGAGGUGGACAUGCAUUCAGAAUACCUGACAGAUAUUUGGGCUUCCAGGAUUCUGUUCUUCCUUCAAGUCAAUCCCAAGAUUUCACAUAUAAAGUAUUUUGUGAGCAACCUGAUUAUUCGUGAUGAGGGAAGGGUCUGUUCAACAUUUUCAGUCUUCAGAAAGCCAUUUGUACUGUACAAGAUGCAUGACAGCGAAAUGAAAAAUCCAUCUCUGACUCUUUCGAUGGACAGAUGGGCUUAUGAUUAUGCAUCUGCUAGCAGUGGAGGUGUGGUUCAUUCACAUGGUGAGGAUAAAGCAGCGCUGGUGAAGCUCAUGCUCAGUUUCCCUCCUCUUAAAGACGCUACUGUCAACUGGGAAGAUCUUUUCAAAAGGCUUUACCAAAUCAUUCAAUUGACAGAGAAAUGCCCGGAGUUUGAUGAGUAUACAGAUUCUCUGUUGAUGUUCCUUCACUCCAUUCCUGGUCUGAAGGAAGUAAAAGUUUGGCUUAACAACCUGAUUGAGAGCUGGGCAUCUGGCCUGUUCUCACUCUUCCUGUCUUGUAUCAGCUUACUUCACGUGCAAUUGAAAACCAGUAUGAGUCUUGUUGAUGAUGUGGAGAGUUUAGGUCUGCUGAGAGAAGAUGAUGAAGUGAGGCUGUCUGUCGGCUGUAACCAUCUAAAUUAUAUAGAUAAUUAUGAUAUCGACUUCUUUAAACCUCCGGAGCACAAAGUUCUUCCCUGCAUCGCCCUCACAGUGACAGAUGAGCCCGAGAAUGCAAACGCUGACUGGAGGAGAUUCUUUCAGGCCUACAACCAGCUGAAAGACUUGACUGAGUGUUCUCCAGAGUAUGAUGAGAGUGUAAGUGAUUUGCUCUUAUUCCUACAUUCAGUCUCUGGUUUGAAGAAGGUGGAUCUUAAUUUCAAAUUCAUGACUGUUGAUGGAGCGUCCAGAGUCCUGGAUCUCAUUCAAUCGAACCCCAGUCUAAAUACAUUGAGUUUUUUGACUUCCGAGCUGCCUGAGUCAAAAAAGGUGAACAUCAAGAUGGACUACAGGAAUGAAUUCUCUAGUAUCAAUAAGACGAGUGAAGAGGACAGUGAUUCAGAAGGAUCAAAUGAGUUUCGGUUUCCAUCUGUAAGACAGAUUUCAGAUGAUAGUGAUGAAGACAGCAUAUCCUCAUCUAUCAGCGACUGCAGCGAUGAAAUCAAUGAUUCUGAUGAGCUGGACAGCGUAGAGCAGAUUCAUGGCUUAGAAAUCAGGAUGUGGAAAACUGUGUCUGGGCAAAGCAGUGUAUUUCUGAAGUGCAGUGGCUCUACAGGAACACAUGGCACACAGUCUCUGCUGUCACGCAUAGAGCUCACACUGUCAGAAAACAUGGGAAAAGCUAGCAGCGACUGGGAAACUUUCCUACAAGCAUAUAACAAAUGCAAAGAGAUUUCUGCAAGUAGUCCUGCGUUUGAUGAGAGUGUGGACGCUCUGCUGGCAUCUCUGCACUCUGUGUCUGGUCUGAAAAAGCUGCAGUUGACCACGGACAGCCUGACUGAAAAGUGGCCCCCAAAGAUCUUCAGGCUGUGUCACAUGUGCCCCAAUCUACAUCACAUCUGUUUGCAGGUGGAACAUGGUCAGAAACACAGUCUGUUCAAUGCAUGCUCCUCACUCAGCAUCACCAGAAACACCACAGACUCUGUCUGGACCGUUGAAAUUCAUUGGCCCAGUGAUGCCAUGAUAGAAAUAUCUCCGUCAUUCAUUUCAUUUACAUUUCCAUGUUCAGAGAUUUCUAAACUGGAUGCACAGGAUCUCUCUGAAACUCUUGGCUUUCAUAAAAGUUUUGAUGAAAGUUAUGAGGAGCGUGAAGAGGUCGUGGGCGAUUUGAUGUCCGCUUUGCUUUGUGUUCCUGGUCUGCAAAGGAUUGAAUUCAAGAUCAGCAAUCUAACAGAGAGCUGGGUGAGCAGGAUUCUGUCUUUAGUGGAAGUCUGUCCCGGUCUACAGGAGAUCAGGUUUGACUGCAUAGAAAGCAAUGGCUUAAUGUUGGAGGAUGUUGUGAGGAUUUUGCAGAGCUCCCAGAUGAAUUCACAUUGCAGGAUCAUCAUCACAGGGAUGAAGUGCAGUAAAGCAUCCAGUGAUGGGAAAGUAAAUUUCACCUUCUGCAGAGACCCUCUCUCAAAGCUGCUCACAAUACAUAACAUUAAACCAGAAGACAAGCAUGGUGAUGGAGAUGAUGACUUCAAGGAGCUUGAUGAAGAAGACUUUAUUGUUCUCUAGGGAAAAUGAGGCCUAUAAGGACAGAACACAAGGGUGUGAAGGCGGCUGUUAGCUUAUUCAAAGCAUUUGUACUUGAAGUUUACUAAAGAUUUGUACUUUAAUUAAUUUUUAGCAAGACAGGUGGCUUUUUUACAUAUUCAAACUUGAGAAAUGUUGGCUGAUGCUUAUUCUGACUUUAAUUUGUUAUGAAUUAAUUUAUUAAUAAUUUUUUUAGAAAUCUCAAACUACUUCCACUGAUGCAAUUGACAGAAAAACAAUAUAGGAAGCUAAAAAGGGUCACUUAGCGAUGCUGUUUAAGAAAAUUAAAUGAAGAAAGUAUUUGUCAGAUUAUAUAUAUUUGUAAGAAUGCUACAGUAUCAUUUCACAAGAGUGUGUUGUAGUAAUAUAUAUCCAUAGUUUAGAACUAAAUGGGUAUUUUUUAAUGUACUAGUUCAGGUAAUUGGAAUAGAUUACUUGAUUGUAUCAUCGUGAUGCAAAUAAAUAGUAUUUUUACAAGGGAAGUAAAACAUGCAAGGUUAAUUACACAGUUCAUGAUUUUAAUUUUUUAAUAUUGAGGAAUGGAAAUAAGCUGACGAUUUUUGUAUGUGUAUUUUAUCUUAGACCGUUUUGAAAUGUGUAUAAAUUGUAUUUUUUAUUUUAGUUUUGGUUUCAAUUAACCGAAUAAACCAAAACACUUAAGACUUGAUUAAAAUGGUGUAAUAGUUUGAAGAGUUCUUUGAAUUGGAGACUCACAGGUUACUUCCAUAUUUUAUCUUAAUACCUGAUCAAUGUAAGCCAAAACUCCUCAUAUAUUGACAACAUAACUGAGGGUUUUACUUUUUAUUUUUUAUAUAAUUAAAUAAAAAAAAUGCAGUCAGCAAAUGCAAAAUUAGUAAUUUAUUUAUCAAAAAUAAAUCUCUUUUGUUAAAACAGUUACCCAUCAGAACAAGAUAAUACAUUUCAUUAAACAAUAUUAUAAUACAAGACAAUGAUGAUUGGUUACAUUACAUUUAGCCUACUAUAUAUUGCACCAUACAGUAGUA